AUGGCCAGCCGCUCUCAAAGUCUUGGUUUCACCGGCUGUACCGCGACUACCGCUCUCCUCGCUAACCGCCCCGCCCUCACAUCUUCCGACGAGCGCGUAAGAGACUGCGCCGACCCGACGGACUCUGCCCGCAUCGCGCGACCACAAGGCCGAACUCCGACUGUCGCAAUGUCCAACUUGAACGAAGAAUACGGUCCGGAAGACAUGGCCUGGGUCGCGGCCGAUCUUCAGAUGAGGGAAGAACAAGAUCUGAAUCGUGCCCUUGAAGCAAGUCGAGCUUCCGCGGGAAUCGGGGUAGCACCGCGUUCAACGAACGCUAGGGUCACAAGACAAUCCGAGGCGGAGGACGAGGAGAUUCUUGUUGCGCUUGACGUUAGCCGGAUAGAAACAGAAGAGGCGGCCCAGAGAAGCAAUGCAGACGCGGAGGCGCAUCAACAACGCCUUCUCGAGGCUCUAAGACAGUCGGAGCUCGAAGCACGAGCUGCCGAUCAAGAACGCGAGCACACUUUUGUUGCGCUGUCCAUCAGCCAGGUAGAGGCAGAAGAGGCGGAUCGGAGACGCAAUGCAGACACAGAGGCGGACCAACAACGCCUUCUCGAAGCUCAAAGGCAGUCGGGGCGUGAAGCACUAGCUGCCGAUCAAGAGCGUGAGGCUACCCGGAAAGCUGAGCUACAGUCUCUGAAGGAUGAGCGAGCUCGGGCUCAAACUGCGCGAUUACACCAAGAGACCUUGGAUCAGGCCAUCGUCGAGAGCAAGGUGGCAGCCGAGACUGAGCAGCGGCAACAUGAACAAGAGUCUGCACGCCUUCAGGAAGCAUACGCUGUACACGGCCUGAGCGAAGACGAGCAGUUGCUGAUAGCGAUCAGCCAAAGCAAGAAUGAAGAGCAUUCUCGUGAAGUUGCACACGUCGGGCAACUUCGGGAGGAUAUGCUGCGCUGUGUGAACGAGCACGGACGGACCUCUGCACCAUCGAAUGAGCCAUCGGCUACCCAGUCUCCAGAAGACCGCCCAGUGUUGGGAGCCAUGGCGUCCUAUCCCCCGGGUCCGGUGACUGAGCAGGAACAAAGGAGUGUGGCCGAUGCUCGGGAGGUCAUUGACAAUCCGAACGUACUCUAUCGGCCUUUAACGCCGAUCUCAGAGGCAUCUGCAUCGCGGCCAGCAAGUCUUCGAUCAGUGGCAGAAGCCCAAGCCCAACGUUUCAACAUCGUCACGACGGAUCACAGCAGGCUGGAUGUCAGGCUUCCAUACCCACCUGGCGCACUUCCUACACCACCAGCCUCUGAUAGAAGCAGAUCGUCUAUUCGAUCAAUUUCAUCAGGCCGCCCACCGUCUUAUCAGACGAUAGAAGAGAACCCUGCGCGGAGAGUGGAGUCGUUUGAGGUACCCCAUGAUAUCCCGAGCGAGUCGCAGACUAGCGAAGCGCCUCCCCGAUAUCCCGGCGCUUAUCCUCCGUCUCCUUCCCAGGCCGGUUCGGCGGCUGCUAGUACGGUGCUCGAUUCAAGGCCGAUCGCUGGGACGCCCUUACUUCCAGGAGCAUACCCUCCUUCGUAUGCGAGCAGUAGAGCACCUCGCAGCGUGGCGAGAGCAUUUUCUGAGACGCCUGUGCAAGAAAGUGUCGUGUCUCGACGCCCGUUGGGCAACAGGGGAUCCAGCAAUGUGUCUUCAGUGCCCUCAUUUCAGGGCCAUAAUGCGGGUAACAGUCAUCUACAGGGAACCAAUGUGUCUACGCGAAGCGAAUCGUUCCCUGGCGCAUAUCCGCCAUCGCUGCAAGCAAGUGGUGUACCGAGUCGGCUGAAUACGAUAUCGUCUGGAGGGACAUUCUUCACAGCCCAGGAAACGCAGCCACCUCCGCGCCAAGCAAGACCACAGGUCACUCUCUCCGAUCUCUGGAAUCACCGGGAUCGCGAUAGUUAUCAGCGGGAAGGACUAGAACCUCGUCCCUUCACACCCGUUUCGUCAUCUGCACAGUCAAGCGAAGCCUCGUCUGCUAUUCGACCACCGUCGUCUCGCACGUCUCAGGGAAGUGUUGCGCGUAAGCCUGUUGCAAGAUCUCAGCACACUACUUCCGUUGCUGCUGAGCACCCACCGCCAGCCACUGCUGCCGAUGCAGUCAGUUCGUCGGACGUGAUCUCGUCUGGCUUGCGGCAGGACCCGGUGACAAACGUAUUCAACGGUCCGGUCAGUGUGACCAUCAACAACUUUCCCGAAGCGCCCAAGUCCUCCCAGAAUCUGUUGAAGCAAGUCUUCAAUAAGAGCAGGCAGACUAACAAGGGCGUGAAAGCUGUCGAGCAGAAAGGGGCAGAGUUCUACGUCAAGGGUGUAGCUGAAGCGACAAGCAACCUUUGGAAGAAUAAGAGAAAGAUAUUUCCUGCCAGGUCUUCCAAAUCAGCCGGAAAUGCUGUGAUCAACGAAGCGAGAGACAUUGAUCGUUUUCCUGGUUCUCCGGCUCAUGACGACGUGGGUACUAUCGCCAGUCCCUGGCCUGCGAGACAGUGUCUGCACGUCGUGAACGCAGAUCCAACGCGCUCGGGUUUGAGCACACCUGAAACCACAAGGCCGCUGCAAUCAGAAAUGUCCGGACAGCAGAGUGAAGAGGUCGACACUCCUCGACCAUCUACAUUGCAGCGGUCGGUAACGUCACCUCCGCUGACAGCGACGAUACCGUCGAGGCCAAUAUCGCUGGAUCGAUCGAUCGUUUCCCAGAUUUCGGACGUGAACGGCAAUGCAGUAACUCCGCCUAGUGUCUGUCAAUCGAGAGUGAGAAGCUCGAUGGAUAGUUUCCGGUGCGCUUCCGAAUUGCGCCCUCAGCCGCUGGACAUUCGCAAGCAGCCUCCUCCUGUUCUACCAAAGCCUUUGGAGCUGGCCAGUCCUUCUGCAGGUGUAACACCAUCGCGACCACCACCGCCUCCUCGCAGCCGGAAUCCGAUGACGAGGCGUAUGCUUGGCGAGCAAGAAGAGGGGUCUGGGUGGGUGCAGCAACCAGUGCAUUUUCCUGGCAUGAAUCUGACCCAGGAACCAACGAUGGGCUCACCGGAUUCCAUGACGGUGACACCCCCAACACCUCGGCGGAUCAACGUCGAUUUGAACCGCCGCAGUCAAUUUGGGCCAAUCGACACGAGCUUGGCGAACGUGCCUCCUGGUGAACGUCGCAUCGACGAGUUCAACUCACGAUCGAUGAUGGAUCUGGGUAUGAUGGGCCAAGUAGGCAAUGCUGCGAUAAUGGAGCCACUACGUGGACAGUACGAGCAGACCUAUGCCCGUCCACCGCACGUGCAGCAGGAAAGGCUUAAUUCGGAUGCCAGGGCAAGGAAAAAGGAGAAGGACACCCAAAAGGCUUUACGGAAGCAGUGUUGA